UUUGCGGUGUUUUGUUAUUUGUUUGAUGUACAUAUACACUUGUGAUUGAUACAGUCGGGCAAGGAUUCAGUGCAAUUUGUUAUCAGUGAUUUUUUCGGUUGCAGAUAUAAUACAUACAGUUGACAUGGAUGUGAAUAAGGACAACUUAAUUUUGAAAGCAGAACCUAUUAAACGAAAAAGAGGUCGACCAAGAAACAUAAAAUUAGUACCAUCAGAAGAAGAGAAGAUUAGAAGUUCUAAAAGUGAAGAUGGCCCAGUUGGCGAAAUGCAGAAAAAUUAUACUACAAAUAGUAAGAAUUCUGCGCCUAGCCUAGUGAAUGCUUCUGUCCAACUUGUAACAGAUCAUAUUAAACGUAAAAGAGGUCGACCAAGGAAAAUAAAAAUAGUCCCAUCAGAAGGAGUAAAAAGUAAACUAAUCGAAAGAGAUCGACCAAGAAACAUAAAAUUAGCAUCAUCAGAAGAAGAGAAGAUUAGAAGUUCUGAAAAUGAAGAUGGCAUAAAUAGCGAAAUGCAGGAAAACGUUACUACAAAUAGUAAGAACUCUGCACCUAGCCUAGUGAAUGCUUCUGUCCAAGCUACAGAUACUUCUAUUGAAGAAACAUUUUUCCAACCGUUUAAGCAAUAUGUAGCUGAAUUUAAUGAUAGACAGAAAAAAAUCUUCGCAUGUGAAGUACACAAAGCAUUUCUUGCUGUGUUUGACGAUGAUAGGGAUUUUGGUGGGGUAAGAACAACUGCCGCUAAUACUGCAAAUAUGAAAGUCUUCAAAGAGAACAUCCCUUUUUUGUCAUUUCCAUAAGUACUAUUAACGUUGUA